UGGAGCUCCGAAAUGUGUAUGCUGGAGCAGGCGGAGACUAGGAAGGAAGAGAGAGACGGGUAGUGACUGGGAAGGAAAUGAAUAAUAUUCAUUGGGGAAAUGUCCUCCUGGGACUGUGCAAUGGAAGGGAAAAGGGCUCUCUAAUCCGAAACCUUCCUGUGAAUUACGCGCCAAGACUCAAGCAUCGAAAUCCACAGAGAGGAACGAAAUUUACCAACGAAACCGCUGCAUCUUUUAAUCUGAGUCGUUGAUAUAAAUAUUCCAAAAGGGAUGAGUCCUCCUCCAUUCCUUGGAUGCCCCCCAGUUGGAUCCGAUGGAUUUGCCUGUGAACGUUGCCUUUCUCGGCACCAGCAACACCUCUGCCGCAAACAAUAUAUCGGGGACAGGUCCUAUGCUGGAUAUAGUCACAUUGACCCCCGUUCCGAAAAGCCUAGUAACGCAGAGCAGCGGUGGAAACCACACGGGGGGAGGCGACCAAAACCAGCAAUACACACCAGUAAACAACACCGAGGCGAAUUCUCUUCUUCACGGCAUUGCUGUGGCAGCUCAAGCAUUGGUACUUCUGGCUAUUUUCCUUCUGUCAAGUUUAGGAAAUUCCGCCGUUGUUGUUGUCAUUAUCAAGCACAGGCAAUUGAGAACGGUAACGAAUGCCUUUAUAAUGUCUCUGUCUCUUUCCGAUUUUCUGACGGCCAUUCUUUGUUUACCUUUUUCCUUUAUGAUGCUCUUCAGUAGAGAUGGUGUGUGGAUAUUCGGGGACCGUUUCUGCAUUGCCAAUGGGUUCUUUAACACAUGCUUCGGCAUCAUAUCCACACUGACAAUGACUUUGAUCUCCUUCGACCGGUAUUAUGCCAUUGUGAGGCAGCCUCAGGAGAAAAUAGGGAGGAAGAAGGCCAUUCAGUUGUUAGUGGCUGUUUGGUUAACGGCGGUUUUUUUCUCCUUGCCUUGGUAUCUGGUGUUGGGAGCAUCUGAUGAUCUGGUGGUGCAUAAAAGGGGAUUUUAUCAUUGCAUGUAUGUCUUUCAUUCAGGUACAUCCAGAAUGGGCACAGCUUACAGCAUAGCUUUGAUCGUGGUAUGCUAUCUCCUUCCCUUUGCACUCAUGUGCUUCUGUCACUAUAACAUCUGCAAGACUGUAAGGCUGUCAGAAAUAAGGGUGCGGCCCGUGACCACGUAUGCACACCUGCUCCGAUUUUACAGCGAGAUGAGAACGGCCACUACUGUACUUAUCAUGAUCGUGUUUAUCAUAUUCUGCUGGGGUCCGUACUGUUUGAUGGGCAUCAUAACGGCUGUGGGGGACUACUCCUUCAACCCUGUCAUGGACACUGUCGCGAUAUGGAUGGCAUGGGCAAACGGGGCAAUCAAUCCUCUCAUUUAUGCCAUAAGGAACCCCAACAUAUCAAUGCUGUUGGGGCGAAAUAGAGAGGAGGGCUACAGGACUAGAAACAUUGCCGCCUACCUUUCGACACAAACUCAAAGUAGAGAAGUCAGAACUCGCGCCGACAGAAUGAGAGACAGGUAUGUGAACAGACACGGGGCGGGUAGCAGAAUGUCUUCGUCCAGCCCGGCCAACGGAGGCGAAAUCGCGAUGUGGGCCUGUAAAAACCCCGCUGUGCUCUUCUGCAGGGACGGGCAGCCUGACACAGUGUCUGAGCCCACUGUGCCCAAAGUCGAGACCGCAGACACUAGUUUAUAAGUUCUGUCGUACGUGUUUUUGUAUUGUUAUCUAACACAAGGUAGAAUGUUUAUAUUUACAAGGUGUUUAUAUAAGGAACAUGUGCCAAAAACAGCCAGUUUCUUCAGUGAGGGUCAUGUGGGUAAGUAAAAAUUGCCACCCCAAUGGUGUCAGGGGGCAAGAUAAAAGCAAACCUUUUUAAAGUGCCAAUAUGCAGCAGAUCACUAUUGGUAGUGCAUUGAUUGAACACUGUGAAAGUAUUAUUCCAAAACAAAUGGAAUAAGCUAUCUCUCUUGAUUGUUGUGGAUUACUUCCCCUGUCUGGUUUUAUCUGAAUUCUGUAGCAUAUAGCCUUCCAGGGAAAAAAGGGUUUUAGGUCCUACAUAAAUCUGAAAUACAUUGCUGGCAGAAGACGCAAGACAUAUUUAAUUGCAGCUCACAAAAGUAAAAAAUCAAACGCAAUCUCGUUUACUAUCUGCUUUUUAGGGCAAGUGCUUAAUACCUUAGGCUUUAUGUAAAUUAUAUUUUAGGCCUAUAUCUGAAACUAUAUGGUAGGCCUAUUAGCGUAUGCUUCGGUAAUAUAUGCGCCACAUAUAGCCUCCAGUCAGAUUUUGCGAGAUCCAGCCUGAUAUGCAUGCAUUAAUGAUAACGAAGACAGUCACCAUACACAACGUCAGCCAGUUAUACUAAAUAUCGUCACAUAACUCAGGUUAGAUUAUGAAAUACUGUUGAUUUAUUUCUCAAAUUCUUUUCUAUGGGAACCCAGGCACUCAAAGUUUUGAAGAGGGCUACAUCUUAUUAAAAAAAUUUAUGUGAAGUAUAAAUUUUGGUACUGACAUCUGGUUUAUUACAAAUGUUUUACUGCCAGUUCUGCCUGUCAAAUAUCAGCCAUCAAGCCAAAUAUCAAAAAAUGGAAGCAGUUUCAUGUAAUGGGAAUUUCACGUAAUGCGAAUCUCUUUUAUCAAGUGUCCGUGAUUAAGUACUAGCAGACAAUUUUGGGCUGAUAGCAAACAUAAGUCCUUUCCACUGGUGCUCAAUCACAGUAUUAUCAAGUUGCUUUCCAUAUUGUGAUUACUGCAGUAAAAUAUAUGAAUAUGUUGAAAAUAAUUGGGGGCCAGUGAUGAAUGUAUGAAUGUAGGAUUUAUUGAUAUCGAUGCAAUUUCGAUAUUACAGCCUCUCACCCCUCCUGUUCGUUUGGUGGGUUAGACCCGCAAGGUUAAUAUUUUGGUUCCACAAUUUACACAAAAUGGAAAGCAACUAUUUAAACAACAGCAGUGGAUAGCACCAUGAAGGUCUCGUUUUGUGAUGCCCUCCCCAAAAGUGUCCUCAUUUAAUACUCAGCAACAGUAUUUCUUUUUUUUUUUGACGGUUGAAUUGUUUGCACUGUGAAAUUGGCCAUUGUUGAAAUAUUACAGUACAUACAUUAUCUAAUUACAAUAAUUCUGUUGUAUAGACCAUUAAGCACAGUUGUCAUUGAUGAUGACAAAAAGUAUUUUUUUAAUACGUCAUUUUAAGAAGAGUAACAUUGAUGGAGGAAAAGGAUGAAACUGAAUAACAUCUUUACAUUUUAACCCCAAAUUAAACCCCAUCUAUACUGGCCAUAUAAGUACAUACCAUAUGAUUUAACAUGUGACCCAUUAUUCUACAACUGACAAAGUUUGUUCUGUUUUUUGUGUGCCUGAAGAAGUACAAAAUAUGUUCUUUACAAAUCCUCAGUGUCAAUGCUAGAGUAAACAAUCACCCAAAAAUUUCACUAUAUUAUUUAUGGAAUGUCAUUCUUCUGAAUGUGUAUAACAAAAGCACAAUAUUUUGUACUCUCUACAAAAAUAAGUGUGUUUAAUUUGUAAUGAGAAUGUGUUCAUUGUUGUAAAGCCUUAAAUAGUCUCCAGAUAAAAUUAUCAUUAUUUGUUAGGUCUUGAAAUAAGAACACUUAACUACUUGCCACUGACGUUUGUGAAUUAUAUUGGCAGAAUAUGUGUUAUUGUUUGUGACAAAAUACGUGUUUGUAAGAUAAUAUUUUGCAAUUUAAAUUAAAUGUUUUGAGGCAUCAUAAACAUUCA